AUGGGGCUCUCCGCCGGCGCCCAUCACCGUCGGCGAAGCUCCAUGCUUGCCGGGACAGGGCGAGCCUCACAACCGGUUUUGACAGAGCGCAGAGAUGACCCACUCUGGUCGCAUGGAGAUGGAGGAAAUCAUAAACGUGAAGAAGAACCUUUGACCGCAGAAGACCCCGAUGCGUCCGAUAACCUAUCCGCUUCAGAGACGUUGGAGCUGGACCCGAUGAGUUCGGAUGAUGACCAAUAUGACGAGGAAACUGGACUCACAACACAUCAAAAACGUCAACGACGUCGACGGCGAAAGCAGCGCCGCAGGUUGGAUGCCCGAAUCGCAGAUGUCAAGGGCCAGAGUUCUAUUCGCGAGAUUCUGUCAGACAGAAAGAUUGUCCAGAACCUGCUAAUCAAUGGCGGGCUGAUCUUGCUGUGGUAUCUGUUCUCGCUGUCCAUUUCAAUAUACAACAAAUGGAUGUUCUCCGAGAACGAUGUCGUCUUUCCUUUCCCUCUUUUCACAACAAGCUUACACAUGGCUGUCCAAUUCUCUUUAUCCGCUAUGAUACUCUGGAUAUUUCCAUCGCUCCGUCCGAAACAAUCGACAGGGUCCGCAACUACAUCUCCCAUCGAUGGCCCCGAGCAACCGCAACCCCUCGUGUCCAAAUUAUUCUACUUCACUCGCCUUGUUCCGUGUGGUGCAGCAACGUCUCUUGAUGUUGGUCUUGGAAAUAUGUCCUUGAAGUUCAUUUCUCUUACUUUCUUGACCAUGUGCAAAUCGUCUGCACUUGCCUUCGUCCUUUUAUUUGCCUUCCUUUUCCGACUCGAGACACCUUCGAUGAAAUUAAUCAUCAUCAUUGCCACAAUGACCAUAGGUGUCGUGAUGAUGGUCGCUGGAGAGACGGCUUUCAACGCACUUGGCUUCGCACUCGUCAUUGCGUCUGCAUUCUUUUCGGGCUUCCGAUGGGGUCUGACACAAAUUCUCUUGCUUCGCCAUCCAGCUACUUCAAAUCCAUUCUCAACCCUCUUUCUCCUUACUCCUAUCAUGUUCCUUUCGCUUAUCACCAUUGCGCUAGGUAUCGAAGGUCCUCAUGAGAUUUACCAAGGAUACCUUGCGCUCGCUAGCAAACAUGGGGACCUAUUUGGCUCCUUCCUUUUGAUUUUCCCUGGAGUACUUGCAUUCUGCAUGAUUUCCUCUGAGUUUGCGCUUUUGAAGCGCUCCUCGGUUGUCACAUUGAGUAUCUGCGGUAUCUUCAAGGAGGUAGUGACAAUCAGUGCCGCGGGUAUUAUCUUCCACGAUAAGCUCACAACGGUCAAUGUGACCGGUUUGGUCGUCACUAUCAGCAGCAUUGCAGCGUACAACUACAUGAAGAUUGUAGGGAUGCGCAGCGAGCUACCGGAAGAUGAUUCAUCGAGUCGCGAGUCAACUCCUGCAUCUGAAACCGACGAAGGUGAGCAUAGCAGUGGCGAUCCGGGAGAUUAUCGCCGAAUCGCCCAUCAAGACUCUAGCAUCAUUAGCCCUGCGCCGGGUGGUUACAUCAACGAUGAUCACCAAUCAUCAUCAGCCAGUGACCAACAGCGCUCAUUCCGUGUGCGCGCUAGUGGCGCCAGGCGCGGUCUCUCAAUCUCGACUUCUACAAUUCUAGAAGAUGAUGGACCCGCUUCUCCUCUUAGAUCAGCACCUGCGACUAUCACUACAAUGGCCGAGGCAGGGUUCCCUCACUUACAUGCCCCUGAUCACGAAGCGUCGCCAGUGCAAUCGAGCUCAUCUGUUUCGCCCAUUCGGAACCAAAAUUUCACUCACUAG